CCUGCCCUUGGCAUGUUAGAGGCAGAGCGGAGCUCAAGAAGCAGCAGACGCCGCCGCCGCCGGUGGGGCAAGGAGGGAGCCGCCGGCCCUUUGGUCAGGAGCGGAGGUCUGCACAUGCUCAGGGGCACCUUUCCCGCCUCCCCGCCCUCUCUCUGGCUGGCAGUCCAACAGGGGCGGCUCUCCUUCCCUUCCAUCCUUUAACCGGUCCCCUCUCUGGGGGAGAGACUCACUCGCACCCAGCACCCAGCACCCCACCCUCCGCCGGAGAAGGGACCCUGAGAGCCUCUGCCCUCCCCGGGCCAGCCCCGAGGAGCCCAGCCCAUUGGAGCAGAUCGUGGCCAUGGCAGCCUCAGCAGAGUCCUGGAUGUGGAGAGCCAUCUUGGUUCUCCGGGCAUGAGCCGCCUCCUGCCUUGGCAGUAACAGAGAAUGACUGAGCUGCCUGGUGCCACCGUGGAAUUCAGCUCGGCUAUCCUGCCGGGCAUGGACAUUCCCCCAGGGAUGUUUAGGAACCAAUAACUGGCACAUCCAGCAGGUGCUUUGCUGGGCGGUAGGAGCCACAGCGGCCACAGUAUGCCAUCUACAGGGAAGUUUGGGGUGGUGGACUAUGCCAUUUUUGUGCUGCUGCUGGUCUUCUCAGCAGGCAUUGGGCUUUUCCAUGCACUCAGCGGGGGGAAGCAGCGCACAGUCCAGGAGUUCCUGCUGGCCAACCGCAGCAUGGGCUUCCUGCCUGUGGCCCUGUCCUUGCUGGCCACCUUCCAGUCGGCCGUGGCCAUCCUGGGCGUUCCUGCAGAGAUCUACCGCUUUGGGACCGAGUACUGGUUCCUGGGCUGCUCCUACUUCCUGGGGCUCCUCAUCCCAGCCCACGUCUUCAUCCCUGUUUUCUACCGCUUGCGCCUGACCAGCACCUAUGAGUACCUGGAGCUGCGAUUCAACAAAGCUGUGAGGGUCUGUGGAACAGCCACCUUCAUCUUCCAGAUGGUGGUGUACAUGGGGGUGGUCCUCUAUGCCCCUGCGCUGGCGCUCAAUGCAGUGACAAACUUUGACCUCUGGGUAUCUGUCCUGACCAUCGGCCUGGUCUGCACCCUCUACACCACCCUGGGCGGCCUCAGGGCUGUGAUCUGGACGGACGUGUUCCAGACCUUCGUCAUGUUCGCGGGGCAGGUGGCUGUGAUUGUAGUGGGCACCAUCAAGGUGGGCGGCAUGGGCCGCGUCUGGCGUUUGGCAUCUGAGCAGGGCAAAGUGUCGGGGAUUGACCUGAAUCCAGACCCUUACGAGCGGCACACCUUCUGGACGCUGGCCUUUGGGGGCGUCUUCAUGAUGCUUUCGCUCUACGGGGUGAACCAAGCGCAGGUCCAGCGGUACCUGAGUUCCCGCUCGGAGCAGCAGGCUGUGCUCUCCUGCUACGCCGUCUUCCCCUGCCAGCAGAUGGUCCUCUGCCUCAGCUGCCUGACUGGCCUGGUCAUGUUCGCCUACUACCAGGAGCACCAUCUCUCGGAGGCGCAGCGCAAGGCCUCCCCGGACCAGAUGGUCCUCUACUUUGUGAUGGAUGUCCUGGAGGAGGUGCCUGGUCUUCCAGGUCUCUUUGUGGCCUGCCUCUUCAGCGGCUCCUUGAGCACCAUCUCCUCUGCCUUCAACUCCUUGGCAACAGUGACCAUGGAGGACCUAAUCCGCCCCUACGUGGGCAGUAUCCCGGAGGGACGUGCCACCCUCUACUCCAAACUACUAGCUCUGGGCUAUGGCCUCCUCUGCCUGGGCAUGGCCUACAUCUCCUCCAUGAUGGGCCCCGUGCUGCAGGCUGCCAUCAGCAUUUUUGGGAUGGUCGGGGGUCCGCUCCUGGGGCUCUUCUGCCUUGGCAUGUUCUUUCCUUGUGCCAACUCUGCGGGUGCUGUGACUGGCUUGGCUGCUGGGCUGGCCAUGGCGUUUUGGGUGGGCAUUGGGGGCAUUGUUGCCAACAUGCAGACCCCACACCCCAAGCCCAGCGCCUCCCCGCUUGAUGGGAACCUGACGACGGCUGUCAUGACAACACUGCUGACAUCAACAACAGCCCCAGAGAGGCUCACGGGGCUGCGGAAGUUCUACAACCUCUCGUACUUAUGGUACAGCGCCCACAACUCCACCACCGUCAUCCUCGUGGGGCUCCUGGUCAGUCUGCUCACUGGCCCCAUGCGGGGGGAGGAUGUGAAUCCCCACACCAUCUUCCCAGUCCUGCCCCGCCUGCUGUGCUGCCUGCCUGCAAAGUACCACAAGAAGCUGCGCUGCGACGUCCGAGACCCUGCGGAGGAUGGGAGCUGCCCAUCGCCCCCCUCCCUGGCCGCGGAGAAGACCAGCAACGGGAUGCUGAACGGACUGCCGGAGGGGCUGCCCCCCGGGGUUGACCCCGUGGAAGAGGAGCCAGAGGAAGGCUUUGUCCGGGAAGACGGGGCCCAUGCCUACGUCCUGCGGGAGACAUCCCUCUGAGACAGACAGAUGGAUGGACGGACGGACAGAUGGAGGAAACAGGCGGAAGUGGGAAGCUCAUAGGGGUCUCCCCCUGAUCUGGGAAGAAGGCACCCAGCGUUCCUGAGCCAAAGGAGUGUUCCCAGACCCUCCUUCAGGCCCUUCCCUGCUCAUACAGCUCUGCCAGGGCCAGCUUCUGCCAAACAGCGUCUGUUGGGAGAAGGGCCCUGGGGACCCGUCCUGACUCUGGAGCACCCCCUCUCUCUGGGGCCGAUGCUGCUCCUUUUACUGUAUUGUGAAUGUGCCAAUCUCUGGGGAGGGGUACAGUUCUCUCCCCCCUCCGGAAACACCAAGCACAAGAGGCCAUGGCGGGGCACCUGCCCUGCCUCUGGCCCAUCCAUCUCAGGUGUUGGGGAGGGGGACACCAAAGAUGAAGCCAUGUGGGGACCCAGCAGUGGGGUCACCCUGCCGCUCUUGCACCCCCUCCUCAGGAGGCACCCUCAUUCCCUCUACAACCUCCACCCCCCAAUACUUCUGCCCUUCUUUCUUCUGGGCAGUUCCAGCUGGUGAUUGGGGCACAGAGUCCAGCCCACCCCCUGCCCCACUGGCCAGACCCCUUCACAGACCCCCCCCUUCCGAUGGGGGCCAUUCUGAGGGCAGGCAGCCAUCUCUGGUUCCAAAGCUGGGGGCUGGGAUCUUUGCAGGGUAAAUAAUCCCCCCUUCCAGGCAGCCCUUCUCAUCCAGAUCUGCUCCCUCUGGCUUGGGGGGCCCUUGUUUGGGGGCCUGGGCAAAAUGUUUUGUCUCCCCCCCCCCCCCCCAUGGUCUUUUUUGCCUCACUGUCUCUGUUUUUGCAUUCUGCGUUCUGUGUUUGCGAGAAGAAGGCGUUCUAUUUUCCUGGUCCUUGUUUCUUGUCUUUCUGACGCUCAGCAGCUGGUUUUCGCUGCUGUCAGUAAAAAUGGUUCCCUCUGGUG